UGCACUAACACUUGUAUGUUGUACAGAGAGUACACCAUUAUACAUGGGCCAAAACCAAGUCUAGUUGAUUGGUUUCGAUCUCAGAUUUGGAAGCUUUACACGGAGGGGGAUCCAAGAGUAACAACUGAGUUACUAUCAUUGUCACGAGGCCCGAGUAAGAGUGUGAAAAGCUAUCAAGGAUACUAUGUAAAUGGGUAUCGCUUUCACACUAAGAAGCGUCAAAGAAGGCGAAAGACGCAAAAUAGUGGAGUAAUUGUUAAAGGAGAUGCAGAGAGUGGAGAAAAGGACUUCUUCGGGGUUUUGAAAGAAGUCAUAGAACUUGAAUAUGAUGCACCAAAUAGUGGGGAUACAAAACCUAUUGUGGUGUUAUUUCGAUGUGUUUGGUUUGAUGUUUAUCGGCGAGGGAUAAAAAGAGAUAAGUUUGGCGGCGUAAGUCUCAAUUUCAAAAAGUUCUUAGGGACCAAUGAGCCAUUUGCUAUGGCAUCUCAAGUAGGGCAAGUUUAUUAUGUUAGGGCACAUAAUGAGCCAGAUUGGAGAAUUGUUAUUAAGACUGUCCCUCGUAAUUUCUACAAUUUCCCUAUUGUUGAGGUAGAUGGCUCCGAUGAUGAUCAUGACGACGUUGGAUUGGACUUUGAAGUACCAAAUUCAGUGGAAGGUGAUGGAGAUGAUGGAGAUGAUGAUGAUGAUGAUGAUGUUCUCUUACCAAGAAAUGAUGUUCCUCCAGAGUUGGUGAAUGCAAGUGAUUUUGAGUUGGAAAAUGAGGUUGUGAAUGAAGAGGAAGAAGAAGAUAGUGAGCAAGAUGAGCAACGUGAGCUAGACGAUGAAGAAGAAGAAGAAGAAGAAGAAGAAAUCCCUGGGGGCUUGUAUGACUUGGACAGUGAAUAACUCAUCGGCUUGCUGCUAAGGAGCUUUUUUGUUUCUCAUUUAUGCUACUAGUUAUAUGUAUUCAGGACCUAAUUUGAAUUGGUUAAUCUUUAAUGGAACUUAAUAUUUCUUAUUGUUUGUCCAUUACAUAAAUUCCUAAUUUAUAAGUCUUGUUCCUAAUUUCAAUCUGUUUGCAUCUUGUUUUGACCUUAAUAUCUGCCCCUCCUUUACUUUCUGGUUUAGUUGUUUGCAUCUGGUUUUGACCUUAAUAUUACAUAAAUUUCUAAUUUAUAGGUCUUGUUCCGUUGUUUUCAGGAGUUGAUUUGAUGGCUUCUAGCUCAAGAAAUUUGCCCGAAGGUGA